UUGAUUCAAAGUCUUUGAUUAGCAACAAAAUUAUAAAAAAAAAGCUGUCAUUUUUCUUCUUUACCUGAAAGCUUCCCUUUGCCUUUGCCUUCUUAUUUACUUUGGUUUUCUAUUUCCUCUCCCUUCAUUAUUUUCCCCAGAAAACUAGUUUUCUUUUCUCUGAAAAAGUUGCAAAGAAUUUAAAGCAAUUUUCCUUUCUGGUUAUUGAGUUUUCUUGAGUCUUGUCUUUUGUCUUUCUGGGCUUUUGUGUUUAUGCUCUGCUUUGUUAUUGGAUCGGAAAAAGAUUCUUGGUUUUCCUCUAACCAGCUAGGCCUUAAAUUUUGAGACUUUCUUCAGCUUUGGGGCACUUGUUUUUCAUUUCAUGUAGGAUUUUCUCUGUGACCAAACAAGAGAAGAUCAGUGCAAUGUUUGUGAAAGUUUCUCUAAGUCUUGUUCUUCUUCUUCUUUCAAUUUCCUCUGGUGCUUUUGAAGCCAUUGCUAGAGUCCAUUAUGAUCACAUAAAAAAUGGAAAUUCCAAUAUGUCUACGCUGGCUGCCAUAGAACUCCCUGACCCCAUGAGCUUCAAUGCUAUUUCUUCUUCUACAAGCAAUAAUGAUUGCAGCCUGUCAAAACAAAAGGAAGCAAAACAAUCGCAAAAGAUAGCUUCCCAAGAAGAAAGUUCUUGUCUUGAUGAUAAGGAAGAUGAAGAAGAAAAACCCAAGAAGACAGUUAAGCUGCACUUGAAGCAUAGGCAGCUAGAUGGAAAGGCUGAGCCAAAAAAAUCUGUUUUGGAGUCAACAAUGAGGGAUUUGAUCAGAAUUCAGACACUUCAUACAAGUGUCAUUGAGAAGAAGAACCAAAAUGCCAUUUCAAGGCUAAACAACAAUAGAAAGCAAUCAAAGCAGCAUUUGAAGUCUGUGGUUGGAAAAACGGCAGCACUGGAAUCUUAUACAAGUGGGGUUCCAGGCCAGCUUGUGGCAACUUUGGAGUCCGGUGUAAGUCUUGGCUCAGGAGAAUAUUUUAUUGAUGUGUUUGUUGGUACUCCUCCUAAACACUUCUCUUUGAUACUUGAUACUGGUAGUGACCUUAAUUGGAUUCAAUGUGUUCCUUGUUAUGAUUGUUUCGAACAAACUGGGCCUUAUUAUGAUCCUAAGGAAUCAAGUUCCUUUAGGAAUAUAAGUUGCCAGGAUUCAAGAUGCCAUUUGGUUUCAUCACCUGAUCCUCCUCAGCCUUGCAAAGCUGAGAAUCAGACGUGUCCUUAUUAUUAUUGGUAUGGGGACAGUUCCAAUAGUACUGGUGAUUUUGCACUCGAGACAUUUACUGUCAAUCUCACAUCUCCUAGUGGGAAAUCGGAAUUUAGACAGGUGGAGAAUGUGAUGUUUGGCUGUGGUCAUUGGAAUAGAGGCCUCUUCCAUGGCGCUGCAGGGUUGUUAGGGCUUGGGAAAGGGCCUCUCUCGUUUGCCUCUCAGCUGCAAUCACUAUAUGGUCAUUCCUUUUCAUACUGUCUUGUUGAUAGGAACAGUGAUGCCAAUGUUAGCGGCAAGUUGAUUUUUGGGGAGGACAAAGAUCUUCUGAGCCACCCUGAAUUGAAUUUCACAUCAUUGGUUGCUGGGAAGGAAAAUUCUGUUGAUACAUUUUACUACGUCCAGAUAAAAUCAGUCACUGUUGGAGGAGAGGUGUUGAAAAUACCAGAGGAGACAUGGCAGUUGUCAGCUGAUGGUGCCGGCGGUACAAUCAUUGAUUCAGGAACUACUCUAAGUUAUUUUGCCGAUCCUGCUUAUCAGAUUAUCAAAGAGGCAUUUGUGAAGAAAAUAAAAGGAUAUCCAGUUUUGAAAGAUUUUCCAGUCCUGGACCCUUGUUACAACGUAUCUGGAGUUGAAAACGUAGAGCUGCCCGAUUUUGGGAUUCAGUUUGUUGAUGGGGCCAUUUGGAAUUUCCCAGUGGAGAACUACUUCAUCUGGCUUGAAGAAGACGUUGUUUGUUUGGCAAUUUUGGGGACUCCAAGAUCAGCUCUUUCCAUUAUAGGAAACUAUCAGCAGCAGAAUUUCCAUGUAUUGUAUGACACAAAGAAGUCUAGGCUGGGAUAUGCACCAAUGAAGUGUGCUGAUGUUUAGAGUUAAAGGUGGUAGGAUAAAAACUAUAAACAUGGAGUUUCAGAGGUAACAUACAAAAAAUUUGAUUCAUUUUUUUCUUCCUUUUGUAAGGUUCAGAUGAUAAAAUUGACUACAGGUCAGUUACAGAUAGAUGUACACAUUCUUGAAUUGUUGUAUAAUCAAAUCGAUUACUGAUUAAUAUGCUUAUCAAUUUGAUGU